CCUAUUAUUUCUAACCGGAAUUGCUUCUUCUACGGAUGAGACUUUAUCUGAAGAAGUGCAAUGCAUAAAACCGAUAUCCUAUGAAAUGAAGAUUUUUCCGCUAAUACAAAAUAACUCUAUCAACGUUGAAUCUCGCGUCAAAAUAAACGUCACAUGUAUUCAACGAAGAAUAAAAUUAUAUUUUGGACGUUAUUGUAAUCAACCGGAANUUUCUAUCAGUAGUGAUAUACAAAAUAGUUCUACUUCUUUGUUUUUAAAAAUAAACUCGGUGUUAUUUUUUACGAAAGAUCGAUUCAACAGCUUAACCAUCACAAUCUUUUCCCGAAAUCGCGAGAAUAUUAAAAUAAACAACCGAAUAACAUAUUUACAAAGUGGAAAAUAUUGGAUACAUGCCAAAUAUAAUUGCAGUUUAGNGAAAGUUGCAACGGUUUUUUCAUAUGUCCAACAAUCUGAAGAAACACAAUAUUUGAUUUUGCCGCGUAUUCCCGCUGAAUGGAUAUUUCCAUGGUGGAAAAACCCAGCAAAUAAAGCCACAUUUAGUAUUCGAAUUUACCACAACAUCGAUGAAAUAGCUCUUUCACAUAUGCCUGGUGAUACACGUCGUGAAAGAAUUACAUACUUUUCCCCUUCGUCUAUAAUGUCUACUCAUUUAGUAGCAAUAGCAGUCGUACCUUCUAUCGUAGCUAAUUCCUUUUAUUUUUUUAAGGAAGAUAUUAUAAUAAACAGAGUACAAAUGACCAGUAAAUUGUCAUAUGCACAAUCUAUUAUUACAAAUAUCAAGCAUCGUGUUAGAACCACUUGGAGAGAUGUAUCAUGGUCACGUGUGAUUUAUGUAGCACUUCCAAUAAAUUCUAGCCAUUACGAAAGUAUAAUAACUAAAAAUCAAGUUUUCUUCAAGUAAGAUAC